UUAAGUUCGUACGGUUGAGAUUGUUGCUGCUAUGCAAUCUAACGGAUAAAAUUUUCGUUUCAUUUAAAAGUCUUACGUCAUCAAUACUAAUGCAAAUGACAUCUUACUUUUCCUUUCUUUGAAUCGUCACCUUCUUAUGAGACACAACCUUUUGAGACACAACCUUUCACUUCUUAUGUAUAGUUUCUUUAUCCCCACAUCACAUAAUCAUCAUUUCUUCAAAUUUCUCUAGCGCUCUGUGGAUUUUUUUCACUAUUGGAUAUCCCUUCUACGAUUUCACCACCACCAAACAUACCUGGGUACUUGUUUAGCCUCGGAUCUCCAUGUGAAUUUUACUAUGCUCUUGUCUAUGGAUUUUUAUCCAAAAUUUUUUUGGACACAUGAGAUGAGUCAUGAGAUGUUAGUAUUAGCUAAUGGUGAAAAAGACAAGGGAUAUUGGAAAGGGACAUGUUUUAGUGAAAUGGGAAGACGAAACAUUCGAGCAGGCUUUUUGACCAGGUUUGGUUUGAACUUACUAUGGGGAAAAUUCAAAACUCGCCUUGAACAUCUACGAAGGCAGUAUGACAUAUAUAAACGUCACAAAGAAUGCGACUGGGUUAGGCUUCACUAAAUUUGGUGAGAUUGAUAUGAGUGCAGAUUGGUGGGAUCAGCAAAUUAAGGCCUGUCCAGAAUCCACAAAACUCCGUGUCCAUCCGUUGCGUGAUAUUCCACUCCUUGAUUCUUUAUACCUUAAAGUUACAAUCUCGGUCAGCGAAGGUUGGCAACAUCAACAAGGACCGAGCCAACUGCCUCAGCGUAUAGAAUUUGAAGAAGAAGAAUACGAUGACAUAUCAUCUCCAAUCAAUAUGCCUGAAGAUAGUCAAAAGACUCACCAAAUGCAUAGUACCAAAGGAGCACAUCAAGAAAAACCCUCCAGAACAAAAUCUUCUCGGAAAAGGCCCAAUUUAGAUCAUUGGGACCGUAUCACAAAUACUUUAGAAAAUCAAGAGAGAUUUUGGUCAGCAGGUCGACAAACAUUUGACUCCUUUAACCCAUUUAAUACUGCUAUAUCCACAGAGGAAUUGUUGAAGCUGUCUACGCUAGAUCAAGAAAUCGAGUUGUACUGGGCAUCUCUUGAUUACCUAGCUAGCAACGAGAAUGGGCGUCAAAUCUUUAUGACGUUACCGGAUGAGAAACAAAAAAUAAAGUAUCUAGAAAGGGCUACUGGAAAAAUGAACUAGAUACUUUAUAUUUUCUGUGUUUUGAGC